AUGAAUGUAAACAACUCGCAUUUAGAGAAUGUGAAUACAGUUAUAAUAGCGAACAAUAUUUCUUUGAGUGUAUCAGAUGCGGAAAAAGAGCCUUACAGAGAAGAGAACUUAGUACAAUCUGGAAUGGAAGAAGACCAAUUUAGGAGAGAAAAAAGGGAUAGGGGGGACAAUUUUGUCGGGGAUGAUGAUGAUAAUGAGGGAUGGAAUUUAGUCAAAAGCAAAGAGAAAAGAUUAAAACCACAACUGAAGGCGGAUAUUGAGAUGUAUUUAUCUAGCAAUGAAAAGUUGCUCAAACAAUUUGCAUUAGCUAAGAUGCUGAAGGCUUGUGGGAUAGUUGAUAUCAUCAGAAUAAAAUACAUUAACCCUUUCAAGAUUUGUAUCAAAGUCUGCAGCGAGUUAAGUGCCGAUAAAAUUGAAAAAUGUCAAGAAUUCAAAGAUAAAGGUUGGAAGACUCAGGUACGUGACCUACAAGGGAAACAGGACGAAUAUAUGACAAAAAAAGAUUUUGAAAAAUAUGUUGACAAAGAAAACAAUCUGGAUACAUUGUAUGGAGAAACGAGGAAAAUGAAGCCUUGUGUGAAUAACAGGAGGGGCGGCUUUUGCCUGCAAGAUAGUUAUGACUCAACAAGCGGGCCUAUGGGGUUAAUGACCGACCUAGGAAAUGAUACACCGCCGAGCAUAUUUAUGCAAGAACGAGUUAUUGCGCACGCAUCUCCUUCCUACGCGAGAGCUGCGGCGGUGGCAACCGGUGAGCCGCUCUCUGUCGCUCCCGGGCAGAAACGGCAACACGUGGAGGCCCACCGCGAAAAGGAGGCCCACUGCGGAGAUCAAGAAUGCACUUCGCACGUGCCGAACGUCGAAGCGGUGGCGCGCGCGCCGCCGUCGCCGUCUUCGCUGCCAGCGGUUGCGGCGGUGUCACGCGAGAUCAUAACGGGCGGUGAUGGGGAAGCCGAGAUACAAAAUAAUUGUGAAGGAGAAUGGGUUCAGGUCGUAAGGCGACCGGAUUUUGUGCAGAGCUUCCUAUUAAGACACAAAAAUGACAUUUCUCAAAGAGUUUGUGAAAAUAUCAAGCAUGUGAGAGCUAAGGUAUCUCCAGAUACGAUUAAAGAACAUUUCAUCGAACUUGAGAAAUCUUUAAGUGGAGUUUACUUCUAA